CUUCAUCACUGUCACUUAUAUUUCUACCUAGCAACUUGCUUUUUGUCGUUAUGAGCACUCCGCCCCAGUCCCUCCGCCCCGCCUUCCUCACCACGGCAACCAAGGAGGACCUGCGCUCUGCCUCCACCGAGGCUGGGCUCACGGUUCAUGGUUCCACAUAUAAGAUUACUGGUGAUUUGCUUUCCAGUGACACCGCUGAGUUGGGCAACACAAGCUCGGACCCUCCCUUUCCCUCAACCCCCACUGUUGAUCACUCAACCUCCCAGACUACCCUUCCAUCCCACACUCCUUCCGAUCCCACCCCUCCCCCUCCUUCGGCCACCGACCAGGCCUUGGCGACACUUACUCGACUGGUGGAGGACUUGACUAUUGAGGUAUUGGAGCAGCGCAACUAUGUGGACCAACGUCUUGCCAAUGAGCUUCUUCCGAUCACCUCUUCUGUGCUGCCCGAAUCUCCUUCUUAUCCUGGUCUCGUCUCUUCUUUACCUCCAUCUUCUUCCGCGCCCCCCGUACUUUCGAAUCGUGCGCCUAGCGCCACCACUCGUAACGCUGUCCCUCUCCCCAAGAUGGAUGCUCAGGCCGAGUGGGCCUAUAUCCCUCCCACUGUCUUUGAUUCGGUGGUGGACGGCACAUUCGAGAUCCGGGAUCUCUGGAAGUUGGAUCCUACCCGUCGCCUUGAGAUCGAGAAGAUGGCGGAGGAUGUCAUCAGCGAUCGCGCCUUGAACGGUCUGUCCGAGCUGCUGCAAAUCACCUCUGCCUUUACCGAACAGUCUCGUUCUCUGACUAAAUACCGGUCCUUGGAUGAUAUUAUCCUUCCUUGGAUAGUGUACUGUCGAAUCCGCGACGUUGUUCAGCCUGGUAGUGGGCAUUACCUCUCCGCCCAUGUCAUCCAGCUUUACUUGGCUUUUCAUGCCUUGAACAAACGUUUUCCUGCCGUUCUUCGUUACCACUUGGACGUCUGCCAGAAGCGGAUGAGUCUUGGCGACUCCGUCGAUUGGUCUUCUUGGAUUACUUUAGACCUUCUUGUUCUCAACACUUCUCUUGUUCAGAGUCUACCUUCCUCUUCGCGUGGUUCUACUCCUUCCAGCGGCGCCCCGACUACUCAGCACUCUUGUCGAAGACGAGGAAGGAAAUGACAUCGUGUUGUUGCAGCAGUACGUAUGCGAGUACGUGUGAUGUGGUGGAGGUUCAGGGAAGGAGUUCAGGGCAAGCGAGAAUGUUUUUUAUAUUUAGCGUUCAGAUAUUCUUCUCUUCCUUUAUGCAUCAUAGAUAAC